CGCCGCCUGCCACCAAUUGCUUUUCCGAUUCCGAUAGGGAGAAGUGAGAUUCCAUCUCUUCUUGUGGAUUUCAAUCGGAAACAUCGCAUCGCGUCUUCCCGUUCCGGCGAAAGCAAGCUCAAGUGGAGAAUUACUUUGGUAUUUCAACCAAUUUAUUAUUACUUCCUCGGAAGAAUUUCGAUUCAGAUUGAAGAGAAACCCUAAACCUAGAGAGCUUCCGUCCAUCCAUCCAUGGCGUCGCGGAGGAAAGAGGCCGAGGGGAUUGCCUUGCUGUCUGUGUACAGCGAUGAAGACGACGAGGAAAUGGAAGAACCUGGCGAACAGGGAGAUGGAGAAGAAGCGGAGAUGCUGCGGCAGCAACAACAAGAACAGCAACUAGGAGGGAGCGACUAUAAGGAAUCGAAUUAUAUGGAAGAAGAUUCUGCCCAAGACGGGAUGGUUACUGACGAUUACGAAAAUGGAGCUAUCCCGCCGGCGGGUGAACAGAAUGCAUAUUCGAAGGAGGUGGUGCAGCAGCUGCAGCAGGUUCAGGUUUCGUUCUCUUCGUCUACCCGGCAAGUGCAGGACGGUCGAGCGGUUAGUUCGAAGAGAAGUGGGAGAGGGAGCCUUACGAUUGUAGAUUAUGGGCAUGAUGAAAUAGCAAUGUCUCCUGAACCCGAAGAAGGUGAAAUGGAUGCAGGCCAAGAAGAGAUGGUUCCAGGAACUAGUCAGCCAUUUGGCUCUGAGACUUCACAGCCAGCUGAUCACUCGGAAACACCCCAGUCAGAUGAUAUGAACAAUGGCUCCGCUGAAUUGGAAGCUGUUAAGGUGGACUCUAGUGAACUUCCUGAGGGGAAGGCGGAUCCAUUGGAUAAAUUUCUACCUCCGCCACCUAAAGAGAAGUGUCCACCAGAGUUGCAAAAUCGAAUAACAAAGUUCAUCGCUUUGAAGAAAAUUGGUAGAAGUUUCAAUGCAGAGGUUCGUAAUAGAAAGGAUUAUAGGAACCCUGACUUCUUGCUGGACGCUGUUAGAUAUCAGGAUAUUGACCAGAUAGGAACUUGCUUCAGUAAAGAUGUAUUUGACCCUCAUGGAUAUGACAAAAGCGACUUCUAUGAUGAAAUAGAGGCUGAUUUGAGGCGAGAUAAAGAAAGGAGGGAGCAGGAAUUGAAGAAGAGCCCAAAGGUUGAAUUUGUACCAGGAGGAACUCAACCAGGAAUUGUGAUGCCGCCUUCAAAAUUCAGCAUGCCUAUUCCAGUUGCUGCCAGUGGAUUGCCACCAGCACCAGAACCAGUUUCGAGAGAUGGUAGGGCGAACAAGAAGUCCAAAUGGGAUAAGGUUGAUGGCGAUGGAAGGAAUCCUCUCCCAGCUGGCGGGCAAGAGUCUUCAGCCACAGCAGCUGCUGCUGCUCAUGCCGCGCUUCUCUCUGCUGCUAAUGCUGGUUCUGGAUAUCCAGCUUUCGCUCAGCAGAAGCGGCGGGAGGCAGAAGAGAGAAGAUCCGGCGAGCGGAAGAGCGACAGAAGGUCGUGAGUAUUUUCCGGUGAAGUAGGCAGGUUAACUUGCCUCUGUGACAAAGAAUUCAGAACUAUUUUAUUUGAAUCCCCAGAUUAAACAACCACAGACUGAGACAGGAUUUCUCAGAUUUUGGAAUUAGGUUUGGAUGUCAUUUCUCUGCCACUCUUACCUGUUAAGAUUAGAGACGUUGGAGAUUCCUACUUUUGCAAUGCGUCCGAAUCUGAUUAUGUUUGUUCCCACGUUGGGUCUAGUCACCACUCAGACGGUUAAAUUGUAUAUAUACUAGCUUAUAACCGGCCCUUUGGCCGGAAUACUCAUAUUUGAUUAUUUUUAUUUUUAUGUUACUUUUAAGUCUAUUAACCCGUUUAAUCUUAUUGAUAAUCAUUCGAUCGAGAUGAUACAUAAAGAAAUAAUAUAUAGGUCGAACAUUCGGAGAAAUAUCAUAAUCAUUUAAGAAUAUAAAAUAUAAAAAUGUAUCAUUGACCCCAUUUUCAUAAUGCUAAUUAAGUCCCUAUUAAAAUGCUAUUGGUUAGUUUAUUUUACAGUCAAGAAAUAUAGAGUAUAAAAGCUCACUGAAAUUCUCAAACACUCCAUAGAUAGUUUGAAACUAAAUCUUAAACCUCACA